UCCGGGGCUCCCGGCAUCCCCCGCGCGGGGCCGGGCCGGGCCCAGCGCUGCCAAGAUGGCGGAUUUCGAGGAGAGGGUGUCGGAUGAGGAGAAGGUGCGUAUAGCUGCGAAAUUCAUCACUCAUGCACCUCCCGGAGAAUUCAACGAAGUGUUCAAUGAUGUCCGGUUAUUGCUUAACAACGACAAUCUUCUCAGGGAAGGGGCUGCACACGCAUUUGCACAGUAUAACAUGGAUCAGUUCACUCCGGUGAAGAUAGAAGGAUACGACGAUCAGGUCUUAAUCACAGAACAUGGCGAUCUGGGCAACGGCAGAUUUUUUGACCCAAGAAACAAACUUUCCUUUAAGUUUGACCAUUUAAGGAAAGAAGCAAGUGACCCCCAGCCCGAGGAGACAGAACCAGCAUUAAAGCAGUGGAGAGAUGCCUGUGACAGUGCACUGAGAGCUUACGUGAAAGACCAUUACCCCAACGGCUUCUGUACUGUUUAUGGUAAAUCUAUAGAUGGGCAGCAGACAAUUAUUGCCUGCAUCGAGAGCCACCAGUUCCAACCCAAAAACUUCUGGAAUGGUCGCUGGAGAUCAGAGUGGAAGUUCACCAUCACACCACCGACAGCUCAAGUGGCUGCAGUGCUCAAGAUCCAGGUUCAUUAUUAUGAAGAUGGCAAUGUCCAGCUUGUUAGUCAUAAAGACAUCCAGGACUCCAUACAGGUUUCAAGCGAUGUCCAGACAGCUAAGGAAUUCAUAAAGAUAAUAGAAAAUGCAGAAAACGAGUACCAGACAGCGAUCAGUGAAAACUACCAGACUAUGUCGGACACCACCUUCAAAGCCUUGCGCCGGCAGCUCCCCGUCACCCGCACCAAGAUCGACUGGAACAAAAUCCUCAGCUACAAGAUCGGCAAAGAAAUGCAGAACGUCUAAUGCAGAAAGAAGGCGAUAUACCAGGUGUUUGUGUGCAAAAAACAAAUGUGGUCCUAUGCCAAGUCAAUGGUUUCUAAACCAGAGCAGCGUUUUCCUAGGGCUUUCGAAGCUAACAGGUUUUCUAGCCUGAGAGAGAACUGUGGAACAAAUAGCAUUGUCUUUGUGUUUUGUGUUUCCUGCUGCAUAAACUCCCUGUUGUGACUGCGUUUACUGAUAGAUCAUUUUAAUUAAGCCACACUUAUGGUUCAGAAGGCUGUUUUCCAUCACUGGCUGUCCUGGCUGGAAAACUUCCUAGCUGGAAAAGCCCUAUUAUCGAUACAGCUGCGGGUACAGAGCGUUCCCCUCACCCGUAUACAGUGCUUCAGGUACGCCAGUGAGUUUGUCCAGUCUGCCAAGAGCUCAAGGCGCUGUGCUCUGAGGUGUAGUAAAUGCAAGAGACCGUCCUCAUGCAUCCUCAUUGCUGACCUCCACAAAGCAAAAAGCCCACAGGCUUAGGUUUAGCUAUAUGAAAUGACUUAAAUGAGUUUACAAGAUCCUUCCCAGAAAUCCCUACACAGCCAGCUUUUCCAGGGACAGAACUUUGUUUAGAUCUGAAGAUUUGAGCCAUGUCCCCUAAAAGAGAACGUUUUUCCUCUCCCUUUCCUGGUGUACAUACGGUUAUUGGACAUCUGUGUUCUUACAGAACCACAAGUGCCUGCAUUGCAUCCCUGCGGAUCAGCGUAGGCCAAGUGGUGUUUAAAAAUGCAGAUGUCUCCAGGAUAAUAGGUAUGUUGUGCUUCAAAUGCUUUGUGGCAGGUUCAUAGCGUUUGUCUCACAGGUGUAUGGGUGGAUAGUGUACAAAACAAAUAAACUUGCACCAAAGUGAGAGAAA